AUGUCUUUGGGUCGGCUCCUUCGUCGUGCGUCCUCCAAAGCUUCCGACCUCCUGACACUAAACUCUGGAGGAGGAACGCAGUCGGUCCUGGAUGGGGAAAUUAUAUUCUCUAAAAAUAAUGUGUGUGUGCACCCUCCAGAACUGCUGCAGGAUGUGGGAUCCCAUCACCCAGGUAAUCUUAGAUCUCAUUAGAUAUCCAAUUUUAUAAAUGCCAAUUUGUUUUUGUCUCUACUGAAGUGGACAACCAAAGUAGUCUUUAACCUGUCUUUCCAGUGCACCCAUUUAUUUUUGAAGGGUUGGCUACGAAAUAAAAUAGAAUGUUGAGACUUGGCAUAUGAUAAAUUGAUAAUUCUCUUUUUCCUGUAGGUUACAUGUGUGUUUAUAUGGAGAAGGAUGAGUCUUUGGGUUCCACUUUGAUCCUUGCUUGGGUUCCAAACUCCCGUAUCCAACGGCAGGAUGAGGAGGCGCUGCGUUACAUCACACCAGAAAGUUCUCCUGUCCGCAAAGCACCACGCAAGAGAAAUAGACACCUGCCCGGGGCUGUCGCCUCCACACCUAAUAAACCAGCAGUUACCUCUAAAGAAGGUCCAGGGGAGAACAUAGGAACAAGGGAAGCCCACUCCUCUGCAGAGCAGAAUCCCUCCGAGUGCUCUGUGGAGGAAAUUGGGGAGCAGUUGGAGGACGAGAAGUCUUUGGACUUAUCUUCUGAUGAAGUGAGCAAGGACAGUACUUUAGACUCUGAUUCGGAUCCCUUCUCCUCCCCCUUCUGCCUAUCUCCAAUAAGUGAGGCUUUGGGCGAGAGCAGCGGGUCUGUGUUCUUGGAAAAUGAAAGCCGGUGAGUCUUUCUCUCUUUCAUAUAAACCCAAUAUAUACCUCGGCAUUGUUCAUCUUCCUAAUUUGAAUAAUCACUUGUGAAAUAAGGCAGCUAUUGGUCCGUCAGCCUGGCCGUUUCCAAUGCUUUUAAAUGGACUUCUGUUGAGAUGUCAAAAUAUGUCGGCAAAAGAAUUGUGAAAAAUAUAUUCUGUCGAAAUUAUGAUUUACAAAAAAAAAUCAAAGUAAAAUUACAUUGGAAAAAUGCAAGCAACUUGCUAUUAAUUAUCAUAAAGUGGGAUGUAUCAUUCGAUUCUUUAAGAAAUGGAAGUUAAAUGAGCAGAGACACGUGUGUGUAUUUUAAUUUCAUUGUGUUAAGAAAAUGGGGGUAAUGUGCUGCCUGUAUUAAUAAUUAGUACCACAGGAGGGAGCUGUUGUAUACACAAAUUCAUACCAGAACUCCAGUUGCUUUUACAAACUGACUUGACACUGGGACUGUUCUUUUAUUAUAUUUAUUUAUUUAUUUUUAAAGCAGAUCUGUGUAAUUAUUAAAGGUCCUAAAUAAAGUGCUUUUUACUGUAUUUAUCAGUGAAUGCACUGUAACAGUGGGUUGGAAGAAUACAAAUUUUGACCAUAUUCAGAACUUUUUUUUAGGCUGAUGUCAUAGAAAAACAUACAGGAGAUUGCAGAGUUUACCGUGCCCUUAGUAGAUUUGGGUUAGAAUCACCUGGAUAUUUAACAAACCUCCAAAACACCACGUGCCAUCUAUUCCAUUCCGUGAACAGAAAACAAAUGCUGUUUAAUUCAUAUCGCCUGAAUACACCGGAUUGGACGUUGCUCUUAGUCUGUGUACGCCUGCCUGCCUUUAUAUAUAAGACGUUACAGAAUUUCCAAAAAUCAGUGCACAAAUAGUGAUUGAGAAAAUGCUGAGAAUCUUUUUUAAUAAAAUAAAUCAUAGAGUGCAUGGGCUGUAAUUACAAUGUUUACAUGCCAGAACUAAGAGGGAUCUUUGUUUUGUGUCCCAUUUGGCCAGGGAUGACGCAGAUAGUCCCACGACUGGUUAUACGUCUUCUAGUCUAAAUGCCAACUCCCAAUUCAGGGAGAUGAACGGUCAAGGAAGUGCAGCAAGGUGGGAAGAGCAGCAGAAGCUUUUGGCGUUGGAACAGACGUGCGGCGUGUUCCGUGUGGAUCUGGGUCAAAUGCGUUCCCUACGCUUCUUCUUCAGGUACGGACAAACCAUAGUGUGAUGGUCAUGACAAGGCUGAAGCUCUCCAAUCAGGUCGAACAUAUUGUCUGCUACCUCAAAUAAUCUCUCGUAUAUCUUUGUGCUAACCUACUUUAAUACUUACUUUUAUUAUGCAAAAUAUCUCUCCCGACAGAUUCCAAAUAUGAUGCCUUGUUCCCUUAUUAAUGCAUAUGUUUCUUUAUUCUUAAUUUGACCAUAGACUCAUUAGACUUUCUAUAAACAUGUAGAUUUUUAAAUUUUUAUUAUUAUUUAACUAUUUUCAUUUGACUCAUUUUUUUUUAAAUGUAUUUUUCCACGCCUUUUGUAUUGCUGUUGCCUUAUCUGUAACGAUGAUUGGAUAAAACAUUUUGUUUCUUUGGCAGUGACGAUGCCGGCACCAGUGGACAGUUGGUGGUAGCCAGCAGAGAGAGUCAAUAUAAAGUCUUCCAUUUCCACCAUGGUGGCUUGGGGAAGCUCUCGGAGGUGUUCCAGAAGUGGAAGUACUGCCGAGAGACACAACUCAAGGAGCAGGUGAGAGAGAUUCGACAUUUAGAGAGUGUCCUAAUGGAGUGAGUGGGCAGGGGUUUUUGGAUAAGUGAAACAAUUAAGGAUAUUUGGAAAAUUAGAGGGAGAAAGGGAUAGAGGCCGACGGGAGGAUGAGAGCAAGGAGAAGAAGUAGAUGAAGGUUGGUCAAUGAUGGCCGUGCUUGAUUCUACAUUUACUAUUUAUCAUAAAUUCCACAAUGUGUUGCCAGCUUUAAAGGAACACGCCAAUGGAAUUUUUAUUGAAUUAAUGUUUUUAGUAGAUAUACCACUGAUGAAAACAUGCAUGCAUUUUAUAAUCUUUUUUUUUUUUUCUUCAUUGGGUGUAUACCUAAAAGCACAUUGCAAAAGUUGCAGAUCUUUUGUCUGGAGCCUUUGCAAGCCCUUACCGUUAAACACUGCCCAGAAUUUCUGUUGCUGUCCAAUCACUGACUUCCCAGUGAGAAGUCUUUACAAGGCAGGUGCUCUCAUUGCUGUCGCUUGGGUUGAGCUUCACUGAGCUAACCAAACCAGGAAGUAAUAGGACAUGUCUGAUUGACAGCCAGGGGGGUGUAACCACGUUCAUUUAUAAAAUUGACAAUUUCUAUUGAAAUCUAAGUUUUUUGUAAAAUGGCGGGUGAAAGAGGAUGCACUCUUCACAAAUAAAACAACUCUAAGCUAAACUGUUCUGAGUCCUAGUUCACAGUUGAUUAUAUUAUUUCUGUUGUCCGUUCUAUGUGAUAAAGUCUGUAGAAGGAGUUAAAGAGCUUUGGCACAGAUUGAUCUGUAAUGUCUGCUGACAAAUCAAGAAUAUUUUAGACGUUUCUUAUUGUGUCACUUGUUUUGUACGUUUUUUUGUUUGUUUGGUUUUUCUUAUCCACCCUCCACCACUAAUUGUUAUAGAGCUUUGUCCCACAACAUAAAAAGUUGUGUGGCCGUAAAAAGUCCAUUGGAGGAAGGAGGGAAGUGUGGAUACUGUUAAUGAGAAGCUGCAUCUCGUUUAGGAAUUGAAGCGUGCUCACACACUUUGACAUUUGACAGCCUCCUGCGAGUCUCAGCCAGAAUAGCAGCGUUCGGUCCCUGCUCCUCAGGGGGGUGAUGAUGGCAGUGAAUGACUUGCCUGAAGCACACACAGCCUGGUGGCUGCCACGUAAUGCAUCCUGUCUGCUCUCCCUUUAACAUGGCCCAUUAGCCGUACACAGCCACGUAAGAUCUAAUCCUGUGUGUGCCAGCCUGAGGGCAGGGCACGGCUUCUGGGCGAGUGAGGAGUCUGCUGCGCCAACAAAUAAGGAAGGGUUAAUUAACUGUAAUUAACAGGAAUAAUGUCCUUUAUCCCAGGGGAAGGUUGGAUGUGCAGACAAAUUGACUUUAGUGAUUCAGUUCCCACAGGGACAGAUUGACAUGCUGCAUUAUACAUUGAGACUGAGUAUGACCUGUUUUAUGGUUCGAGAAAACAUCAUAUAAUAAUACAAGGAGCAGACCGGGACAGCUGAUUAAUAAACACUCCAAUCUUUAAAUAAACAAUCUCCCUGUAUUAUAUCAUGAACAAUAUAUAGAUAACAUGGAACAUGAUUAGACGUCUGUAAUUAAAUGGCACACUGUGCUCUUAGUAGUGUGUAUGUUGUAUAUCAAUUAAUUGAAUUUGGAAAUAAAUAUAAUUUUUCUAAAUAUAAAAAAAAAAGGCAAAGUGGUAAUUAUACAGACUUACAGCGAAUAAAUUCCAGUUAGAUAUCAAAUUAGCUGAAUUUACACAGAUAGUUCAGCUGGGUUUCUGGAAGAUGUGUCCAAUCUCGUCCAAUCUCGUACUGUCUGGAAGAUGUGUCCAAUCUCGUCCAGAACCAUCCUUUGUACCACAAAGAACCCCUCCCACUCUCACAUGUGCCCCUUAAUCCCAAACUACUCACAUUGUCGUCAGAUCAUGUACGGACCAGUCCAUCCACCAGGACUAUUAUCAACGACAAAUAAAGACUUCUAAAGGAAAUGUGUGUUGCCUCAGUCCAGGGAUGGCUUGGCUUGGCACUGCAGAACUUUGUAAGUCUGGCUGAGCAUUAUUACUGAGUGUUCUUCACAUCUGCAAUGUCAAGGUUGAUCAUCACUGGAUUAAUGGGACACUCUCUUGUUUUUUAUGGGAAAUUGCAAAUGUAAAAUGUAUUUUUCUUACUCUCCCUUUCCGUUCCUCAUUCAGGUGACAGAGGAGAAGACCUGUCUUCAUUUCUCCAUCCAGAGGCCCAAUCUUCCUUCUUCUGAAUCUCACCCAGAGGAGGGUAUCUACCGACGUCUGGAUGUCACCAGCUGGCUGCAGCACUUCAACGAGGCCGGGCAGGUGGAGGAGGAAUACAAACUUCGCAAGGUAAGGCUGGUCAGUCUGUGGUGUAGGACAUACCUCGUGAGGUGAGUGGGUUUUAGGGUCGUUUUCACUUCACCUUAGUUCCCAAGUGGCUGGUAUUGACCUCCUGGGGUAGUGAGGAGUUUCCAAUAAUAAGUGUUAUCAACCAGCACUACAAGCAUGACUCCUUACUCUGUGUGUGCAAAGUGAUGCCAGGCCCAAAGUCCUGUUUAGGAUUAUCUAGAAUGGGGGUGGGCAAUCUUCGGAUGUUAUGGAAGAUAUCUCCCCUGAUGCUUUGCCAGCAUUAUGACUUUAAGAGCAUCAUGGGAGAUGUAGUCUUUAACAUCUGAAAUGCCAAAGGUUACCUACCACUGUUCUAGAUGGUCCAGCAAACUGCAUUUGUGAAAACACACCCUAAGUGUCUGGACUGAUUCACACCGUAUUUUCUUUAACUGCCGGUGCAGACACGGGAAGAGCUGCUGUUUUAAGUUUUCUGGUUUCUAAUGAUAUAAUAUCAUCACAUGACAUGCUUUUCUCCAAACCACAAUCAAGGCGGUUUGAUGCUCUCGGAGUAUUGCUCGUAGUACCGAUACCCUGAGAUACUUAGCCUCUAUUAACCCUAAAUUAACUGCUACCCUGGUAUACUCCCACAUUGCCAUGCUGGCAGACAAUAUAACACAUUCACAAACACAAAUAUCCAAUAAAGCCGUGUGAUACUCGCAUACACUAACAUAUAAUCGGAUCAUCACUAGUACACUCACAUUCGAAGAUACACAAUGUAGCAAUCUGCCACAGACACACUUGCUACACUGACAUUCAUAUGCACUCUUUUCAUUAUUUCUAAGAUAUUUUCAGUCUUUGUUACUCAGACUUACUAAUGUAUGUGUAGACAGGGCUACUGCUCAAAUUAUACCUUCACAUACCGCCAGCGACACGGAUUACCACAAAUAUGCACACAGUCACUGUGGUACACCACACAUGCGCACACCCCUAUACUUUAUAGGCUUGUUGGGAGAGAUAUUUGCUGGCCAGCACUUGUACACUCAGACUUCUGGUUACACGCACUGGAGUCAUGCUAUGUUAAAAGACCCGCAUGACUCGCGUUUACACCAUAUAAAUAAACAGAAUUUCAAACCAGGAAAAGAUUAAUUUGAAUGCUCACUGUUGCACACACAGAUACUUAAUCCUAUGGAAAAUGAAUUGAUUGCUAGCUCUUCAGAUUAGAUUUAUGAAAUGCUUUGAUGCCUAUAAAGCUUCAGACCCUUAUUUGGGAAGCCAAGGUACUCACAGGACGCAAGGAAACCAUGUUUGUGAAUGAAAUGUGAAAUAGUGGCUCAUCCAGUGCAUCAUGGGAAAUGUAGUCAUCAGGCAUCUGAAAUUGUAAGCCGCUAGUCUGCGUUGCAUCUCCUGCUAUAUGGUCCCUGAGUGAUGUCAUACAACGUGCAGCCAAUAGGAAUCCCCAGAUCACAGACCUAUUCACAGAUAGCCAGAAUUAGCAGAAUAGGGGAACCUGUUCUAAUUUGGUGAUGUCCAACCGCAAUCUGGCACAAUGGAUAGCUAUCCCAGAGGCAGGAUUGAUAAUCAGAUUUGAAAAGAACUACAAUUCUUGCUGUUUUGUUUCUUUUUUUGACUAUUCGUAUCCAUCUAUUACAGGGGUGUCAAAACAGAAGACCCCCUCCUUCUAACUCUCGUAGAAAUAGAACUACUAUGACUCUUGGCCCAUCUUAAUGCUGUCUGAAUGGCAUUGGAUUGAUAGCUGGGUGUCUACUGUAUGGUGGUCCCUGACCUAGUAGGAUUCUUGUCAAUGGGCCUGUUUGUCUAUUCCUUGUAACACUGAUCUGUUUUGUCUCUGUUCAUUUCACAGGCCAUAUUCUUUGGAGGCAUCGAUCCAUCACUGCGAGGUGAGGUGUGGCCCUUCCUCUUGGGGUACUACAAUUGGGAGACCACGUCAGAGGAGAGGGAAUCACUGCGAGUACACCGGAGGGAGGAAUACGCUCAAAUCCAGAAAAAGAGGUAAUAGGAUCUUAGUGUUCCCAAGAUACGUGUCCUCUAUAGAUGGACUAGAAUAAGGGUGGCCAAUCUGUGCUUCCCUUGGAAUUCACUUUGAAUUUCCGACAAGUCUCACUUUAGUUAAUACAUUUUUUUUUGUUGCUGUUAAGGAACAUUGUUUUUCUGCUUGCUUAGGAGUCCAUGUCAGAUAUUUCUCACAACUGGGCCUAGUGUAACUCAGCACUGAUCUAGCAUUGGUGAACAACCUUCAAAUCAUACUCUACAGAUUUGUGUCAUCACACAUAGCAUAAUUUCUUCCCAUUCUCCCCUACCCCCUCUGUACUUAGCACCUUAACAGAACCUUUCUGUCCUUUUCGUUCUGUAAUGGCGUCAUUUUCACAAUCCGGUUAUUCUCUAUAGGAUCUCACUAUGCAUUUUUCUUCACCUCUACAGAGUUUCCAUGAGCCCGGAUUCCCAGAAGAAUUUCUGGAGGAAUGUGCAGUUCACUGUGGAUAAAGAUGUGGUGAGAACAGACCGUAGCAACCAGUUCUUCAGAGGGGAGGACAAUCCCAAUGUAGAAGCCAUGAGGUGA